AUGUUAUCUUUAUAUCUGUUAUUAAUACUUUAUCUUACUCAACAUAUAUUAACUGAUCAAUGUCCAUCGACUAAUUCUUGUAAAUGCUCGUCAGAUUUGACCAUAAUCUCAUGUACAAAUCAGCAGUUGACCGAUGAAUUUUUUCUUAAUCUUGACGUUCAUUUUCCGAAGUCGACAAUCGUUUUGAAUCUUUCAUCAAAUUCGUUCUCAUCGAUUAAUUCCUUGGCAAAUCUGGAUAAUCUUCAAACACUCGAUCUAUCUUCCAAUAAACUUCAAUCAUUACCGUCGAAUUUAUUUUCCAAAUUUCCACAAUUAUCUUCUUUGUACGUUCAAAAUAACUUUCUCAAAACAAUUCCCAACACAUUCAAUGAAAUCUCGAAUAUUAAUCUCGAUCUUUCCAACAAUCCGAUCAAUUGUACAUGUCAAUUGAAAUGGAUUAUCAAAUGGUUCGAAACAAUCAAUCUCCGGAGUCCGAUUAACUGUAAAGAAAAAGAUUUCUGUGCAAAUAAAAAGAAUUUUCUUCAUAUUACACCCGAACAAUCACAAAUCGUUUACGAAAACGAUUCUUUUACGUUGAAAUGCUCGUCGAAUACAAAAGUUUUCUGGACAUUGAACAAUGAAUUCUACUCCGGCACAUCAGAUAUCUUCAUUCCACGUCUACAAUCGAAUCAUUCAGGUUUAUGGACAUGUCAUAGUUUAAAUCAAAAUCGUUCCGUCUCAUUGCAUGUAUUAAACACUCAAUUGAAUCAUUUCUGUCAAUCCAUACAAAUGGAUACAUCAAAAGGAUACUUUUAUUGGCCACGAACAUUAACUGGCCAAACCAUUCAAGUCAAAUGUCCAUUUGGGUCGGCAGCUUGGUUUGAAUAUGACGCUCAAGCAUCGUAUACAUGUUCAAAGAAUCGGCAAUGGGUUGAUUUAGAUUUGUCUCAAUGUGGAUUUCGAACGAAUAUUUCACGAGAAUUUGAUCGAAUCUUAUCGCAUAAUCAAACAAAUUUGCUAUCGAAACUGGUUACUUACAUAUCAAAGAUAAAUCUCGAUGAAUUUCAAUUCGAUGAUAUUAUUUUUCUAAUCGAUUUGAUCGAUGAGGAACAAAGCAAGUAUUUGACAUCCAGGAAGAAUAUCGAAGAAAUCUCCAUGUUAAUCUAUCGUCUAACGGAUUUUAUUCUACAAGUUAAACAACAUUUUCCUAUUAUAAAGGAAUAUCAAUCAGCAUUGAAUCGAUUGAGAUCAAUCUUAGAACAACUAUUGAAUAUUACUAAUCAUUCAUGGGUUUAUGUUGGCAAACAAUUAACAGCGAUGACGUUAGAAUCACCAUUACCACCAACGGUAUGUUUUAUACCAAAUCGACCUUUGUUAACAAUCAUUUGUGGAAUUGUUAAUCGACAUUUUAAACGACAUGAAGCGAAAUUAGCAACAAUUCAAUUCCCAUCUCGAAUCAACAACAGUACAAAUCAAUCGUCAACGUAUAAGAUCAUCUUCUAUCGGCAGUCGACGUUGUUCACACCGAAUUCGAAGAAUAAUGAGAGUCCUGUUGUUUAUAUGAAACCAGUAACAACAAGUAAAUCCAAUGUAGAACUAACGUUUUAUGGCGGAUCUAAUCGUGGAUUGAUUGGAGUAUGGAAUCCAAAUGGAACUUCUUGGCAAAUGGAUUCGUCACUUUGUAAAAUAAAUCAUCAAAGUAUCGAUUCCAUAUCAACAGAUUGUCUAUUGACGAAAACAAACCCUUUAAUUCUCACAUAUACGAACAAUUUCGACGAAAAUAAAAUAUUAUUUUUGAAUACAAAUUACUUGGAAUUAGCAAUCUACGUUUCAUCAAUAAUUGCUUCGGCUUGUUUUUGUAUUUGUAUAUUUUUUUACAUUUGUUGUCAUCAAGUUUAUCUAAUGCCAAGAAGUUUCUUCCAUUGUUUAAUCAAUUAUUGGCUUAGUUUAGCUAUUUUAUUUCCUUUAUUCGCCUUCGGUAUAAGACAAAGCCAAUAUCUAUUUUUCUGUCAAUUCGUUUCCAUUGCUCUUCAUUAUCUUUGUCUAACAGCGAUAAUUUGGUUAACAUUAUUCACAUACUGUAUUUGGCAAAAACUCUAUGUUAUUUGGUCGGGUAAAGGUCAUGGAGAUGAUGCAGAUGGCAAUCCGAAAUCUUCCGUGACGAUUGUUGAUUAUGACGACGAUGGAUUGCCAAUCAUGAAGUUGAAAUCGAAACCAGUUAUUCAAUUUUAUCUAUUAGCAUAUGGAAUUUCAUUCAUCAUCUGUGGAAUUAAUGUCGCGAUAUCACGAGAUCAAUAUACAACUAAUAAAAUUUGUUUUUUGAAUAAUUUCGAAUCGCUUUUGACCUUAUUCAUUCCAAUUCUGAUCUUUAUUUUUCUCCUGUUAAUCUUUCUUUUGGCUGCACGUUUAAAUAUCAAACGCUUAACAAAAGAAGCGAUACGUUUACGUGAUUUACCAGAUGAAAAUGAAAAUGAAAACGAAGCUGAACCGGAAACUAAUAUCGAAAUGGAUGAUGGCGGUUCCUCGCCAAAACCGAAUGAAACAUUGCCAAUUAUCAUUCCAUCGACCAAUCCAAACAUUGAACAAACUUUUCCGGAUAACGAUUGUCGUCAAUCUCAUUUGGAUAGUUUAUGUUCAUCAGAUAUGGAUCAUCAACAUCAACCCAGCAGUCAAUUGUUAUCAAUUCUAUUUCAAAUGUUUCUUCUCAUCUUCAUAUUUCUCUCGAGUUUAUCGAUUUACAUUCACCCAUUGCGAUCGUAUCAUCUACGCUUCGAACAUUCAAUCUACAACCAUCUUUAUGGAAUAUUUGUUUUACUUUUGGCCUUUUACACACUUGCAUUCUAUCUUUUGUCACGUUCAGAUUUGACCAUGCAUUGUCAGUAUUAUAAUUGUUGCUCGAAUCGAAAGAAGAAGCGUCUUCUGAACCAAUCGUAUAGUGAACCACCACCUCCGCCACAGACACCUCAAUUAUCACCAGGAAAUCCUAUGGCACCGUCAUCGAAAGACAAUGAAGAAGAAAAAUUGAUUUUCAAUCCAAACUUGAAUGCUGAUGAUUCGUUUACCGAACACAUACCUGCGCCCUCACCACCGCAUUCACAUUAUUCGUCGACUAUUCAUCAGAUUCCCAUACAGCAAAACGGGGAAAUAUCAUCAUUAAGUAACGAACAUGCUUUUGGCUCCAAACAUCAAUCGAGCAUAGCAUCGAAAUAUUAUGCACGCCAUCGACAUUUAUUAAAAGGUAAUACAUCAGUGAGUGAAACAAGUUUACCACAAAAUGAAUCAAUUCCUCAACCAACAUUGAAUACAAUUCGACAAGAAUCGCCAACGUUUAUUGAGAAUUCUCAGGUUCAAUCCAAAACCCCAUAUGCUCCAUCGCCCCAAAAUAUAAUUAACAGUCCAAAAGAUGCUUACCUCCAUCAAAAUGGUAAUCCACGUCUUUAUCUACCAACAUUAAUUUCUCCUCAGAUAUUUCUUCGUCCGACAACAUUAUCAAUGUCACCACGUAUGCAAAUAUCUCCAUCACAAGCAAUCAUUCGUCCUUUACCAAUUGUACGUCUUUCAUCCCCAAGUUUGGAAAAAUCUUCUUUGAAUCCUUCGUCGACAGUAAUAACAACAAAUGGUCACAUCAGUCCACUCGUUGAACAUACUACAGGUCGAAAUUCGUAUCGUGUUAUGCCAUCACCAUCCACAGAAGAACGCCAAGCCACAUACGUAUAUUUAAAUAAAAAAUCACAUUUAAUUCAACAGGAUCCUUCACCCAAAGAAAAGCCAUCCAUUUGGAAAAAACCAGCUAAUGGUCUUCAUCUUCCACACGUUGCAUAUAUUGAUGAAGAUGAUGAAGGCAGUGUCUCGCUGAAAUCUUCCGCAUGUGAUUCGCCAACAGCAACAUCAUCAAGCACAACGUCACCUAUCAUUUCACGAAAAGAUCGUUCACGAACGAUAUCUUCUUCAUCUUCCUCCUCCUCCUCAUCAUCAACGUUUUCCAAUCCAUUUCCUAUAGAUACAAUCGAUACAAAUCAGAUCGUUCUACAUGAAAGUAGUGUGUAA